AUGAAAACACAUCCUCAAGCAAUUCUCUUAUGUGUGUUAUUCUUCAUCACGUUUGGUCUUUUACAUGUCGUUGAAGCUGGAAAUCAAGAAGGAUUCAUCAGUUUAGAUUGUGGGUUAUCCCCCAAUGAACCUCCUUACGUCGAUGCUGCAACCGACUUAACAUACACAACGGACAAUGAUUUCGUGCAGAGCGGUAAAACUGGUACAAUCGAUAAGGAAUUGGAGUCAACCUACAACAAACCAAUUUUACAGCUUAGGUACUUCCCCGAAGGAGUCCGAAACUGUUAUACCUUGAACGUCACGCUCGGCACAAACUACCUGAUCAGAGCCAGUUUCGUGUAUGGUAACUACGAUGGUCUUAAUAAAGAACUCGAGUUUGACCUUUACCUUGGUCCUAAUCUAUGGGCAAACGUGAACACAGCUGUAUAUUUAAUGAACGGAGUGACCACAGAAGAAAUCAUCCACAGUACCAAAUCUAAGGUACUCCAGGUUUGUCUUAUUAAGACAGGCGAGAGUAUACCUAUUAUUAAUAGCUUAGAGCUGCGACCACUUAUAAACGAUACUUACAAUACUCAAAGUGGCUCGCUGAAAUACUUAUUUCGGAAUUAUUUCAGCACUUCAAGGAGAAUAAUACGGUACCCGAAUGAUGUCAACGAUCGUCAUUGGUAUCCGUUCUUUGAUGAGGAUGCGUGGACAGAAUUGACUACAAAUCUCAAUGUUAACAGUUCAAAUGGUUAUGAUCCACCAAAAUUUGUAAUGGCUUCAGCCUCAACACCCAUAAGUAAAAAUGCGCCCUUCAACUUCACCUGGUCAUUGAUUCCUUCUACGGCCAAAUUUUAUAGUUACAUGCACUUCGCCGAUAUUCAGACUCUACAGGCCAAUGAAACCCGAGAAUUCGACAUGAUGUUGAAUGGAAACCUUGCCUUGGAACGGUAUAGACCUAAAACGUUCGCCACAGGAACUAUAUACUUUAUUAAACCACAAAUAUGUGAAGGAGGGCAAUGCAUCAUAGAGUUAUUAAAAACGUCAAAGUCUACUCUUCCUCCGCUUUGUAGUGCCCUCGAGGUUUUCACCGUGAUCGAUUUCCCCGAAUUGGAAACAAAUCAAGAUGAUGUUAUUGCUAUCAAGAAUAUCCAAAAUACUUAUGGAGUGAGUAAAACUAGCUGGCAAGGAGAUCCAUGUGUUCCUAAACGGUUUAUGUGGGAUGGCUUAAACUGCAACAACUCGUAUAUUUCCACACCACCUACAAUAACUUUUUUAAACCUAUCAUCAAGUCAUUUAACGGGGAUCAUUGCAUCUGCCAUUCAAAACCUAACCCACCUGCAAAAUUUGGACUUGUCAAAUAACAAUUUGACAGGAGGAGUACCCGAGUUUCUUGCUGGCUUAAAAUCACUCUUAGUCAUAAACUUAAGUGGGAAUAAUCUUAGUGGUUCUGUUCCUCAAACCCUUCUCCAGAAGAAAGGACUUAAGUUAAAUCUUGAAGGAAAUAUUUAUCUUAAUUGUCCGGAUGGAUCAUGUGUAAGCAAAGACGGAAAUGGAGGUGCCAAGAAAAAGAAUGUUGUAGUAUUGGUUGUGGUAUCAAUUGCACUUGUAGUAGUUCUUGGAUCUGCAUUAGCUCUUUUUUUGGUGUUUAGAAAAAGAAAAACACCACGCAAUGAAGUUUCUAGAACAUCUAGAUCAUUAGACCCGACAAUAACGACGAAAAACAGAAGAUUUACUUAUUCGGAAGUUGUAAAGAUGACAAAUAAUUUUGAGAAAAUCCUUGGUAAAGGAGGGUUUGGAAUGGUCUAUCAUGGAACUGUGAAUGAUGCUGAACAAGUAGCCGUUAAAAUGUUAUCACCCUCAUCAUCUCAAGGGUAUAAAGAAUUCAAAGCAGAGGUAGAACUCCUUCUCAGAGUUCACCAUAAAAAUUUGGUUGGCCUCGUUGGAUAUUGUGAUGAAGGAGAAAAUUUAUCUCUCAUCUACGAGUACAUGGCUAAAGGAGAUCUUAAAGAACAUAUGUUAGGAAACCAAGGUGUAUCUAUUUUGGACUGGAAAACUAGACUAAAGAUAGUGGCCGAGUCCGCGCAAGGGCUGGAAUACUUGCAUAAUGGAUGCAAACCACCAAUGGUACAUAGAGAUGUCAAAACCACAAAUAUAUUGUUGGAUGAACAUUUUCAGGCCAAGCUUGCUGAUUUCGGUCUUUCGAGAUCUUUUCCUCUUGAAGGAGAAACCCGUGUGGACACAGUUGUUGCUGGAACUCCUGGGUACCUUGAUCCAGAAUAUUAUCGAACAAAUUGGUUGAACGAGAAAAGUGAUGUUUAUAGCUUUGGAAUCGUACUAUUAGAGAUCAUCACAAACCAACAUGUGAUCAACCAAAGUCGUGAAAAACCACAUAUAGCUGAAUGGGUUGGGGUGAUGCUUACAAAAGGAGACAUCAAAAGCAUUAUAGAUCCAAAAUUUAGUGGAGAUUAUGAUGCUGGUUCUGUCUGGAGAGCAGUUGAACUAGCAAUGUCGUGUGUAAAUCCUUCUUCAACUGGAAGACCAACCAUGUCUCAAGUUGUAAUCGAAUUAAAUGAAUGUUUGGCAUCAGAAAACUCAAGGAGAGGAAUGAGUCAAAACAUGGAGUCAAAGGGAUCUAUCCAAUAUACAGAAGUCAGCACGAACUUUGGUACUGAAUAUACCCCUGAAGCUCGCUAG